GGGACAGAGACACCAUCUCUGCUGAUUUGUACCAAACUCGGGUUCCAGGGGCUGAGAGGCCACAUGUGACAGAAGCCGGGGUGGGGGACCCACGCAGCUGUCUGCAUUUCCCAGGUAUCCUGAGCUAAGCAAAGGUUCUGUCUCGGAGGAGCAAGAAUAGAAGUGCCUGAACGUCAUGACACAGGUGGACCCCCAGGAAAGGUGGGGCAAGGAGUCUCCUCUCUCUAGCUUGGGGGACGAAGCUCAUGACCCCCAGAUCCUGAGCAUGAGCUCGGACAGAGAGGAUGAAGAUGGCAGGGAGGCAGGAGACAAAGAGAGCCCUGGGGACCCUGAUCACCAGGGCUGUCCAAGAAGCAGCUCCCACGUGACUCAAGAUAAGCCUGACUUGCCAUGGCAUCAUCCGCCCGGUGAGGAAGAGAAAUUCUCCUGCUCCUUCAGUGCCAGGAGCCUGGGGAAGGAACCGGUGGUGGUGCCUGGGAAGAAGGCCAGCUGGGGAAGAGAUGAGUUCAAGAUCACGCAGACCCAGGACUCCCCAGGACCAGGCACAGCUCCGGGGACCCUCCCUAGCGACCUCUCACACAAGUUGCUAGGUCGGACGCAACAGCUUAGGGACUCACUACCUGCCGGAGAUGACGGAGACUCCAGGGCGAACCUGGAUGCUGCCUUGGGGGUCCCAUCCAGCUUCCCUGAGACGGGAAGACACUUCUGUGCACAGAGAGAUGUAGACACGUCCCCAGACAACUCCUCUCUGAUGUGCUUCCCCAAUCCCGGGGGCAGCUGGGACCUCCCCACGCAGGAGACGCGUGCCCUGGCCCGGGGGGCUUCCCCCCAAGUCAGCCUGGCCGCAGCGGAGCUGGCCAAAGCGCGGACCGGUAGGAAGGGCCAGAAGGGUGCGCGCGAGGGUGGGCAAGGGGAGGCGCACCCCUAUAAUAAGUGCCUGCGGGGAGGAAGGGUCUUCCAGAGGCCCAGCAACCCUCUGAGUCCCUCGCAGCCGCGGGGCACCAAGCCUUACGCUUGCGAGCUGUGCGGGAAGGCCUACUCCCACCGGGGCACGCUCCAGCAGCACCGGCGCCUGCAUACCGGCGAGCGGCCCUACCAGUGCCCCUUCUGCGACAAGGCCUACACGUGGUCCUCAGACCACCGCAAGCACAUCCGCACCCACACGGGCGAGAAGCCCUACCCGUGCCCGGACUGCGGGAAGGCCUUCGUGCGCUCCUCCGACCUGCGCAAACACCAGCGUAACAUGCACAGCAACAACAAGCCCUUCCCGUGCGCCGAGUGCGGUCUGACCUUCAACAAGCCGCUGUCGCUGCUGCGCCACCAGCGCACGCACCUGGGCGAGAAGCCCUUCCGCUGCCCCGCCUGCGACAGGGAGUUCGCCGUGGCCAGCCGGAUGAUGGAGCACCAGCGCGUGCAUUCGGGCGAACGGCCCUUCCCCUGCCCCACCUGCGGCAAGUGCUUCACCAAAUCCUCCAACCUGAUUGAGCACCAGACGCUGCACACGGGCCAGAGGCCCUUCAAGUGCGCCGACUGCGGCGUGGCCUUCGCGCAGCCCUCGCGCCUGGUGCGCCACCAGCGCAUCCACACGGGCGAGAGGCCCUUUCCUUGCGCGCAGUGUGGCCGGGCCUUUGCCCGCUCCUCCACCCUGAAGCGGCACCAGCAGAUCCACUCCGGGGAGAAAGGCUUCCUCUGUGCCGAGUGCGGCCGGGCCUUCCGAAUCGCCUCGGAGCUCGCCCAGCACAUUCGGGUGCACAACGGGGAGAGGCCUUACCAGUGUGAGGACUGCGGCCAGGCCUUCACCAGGUCCAAUCACCUCCAGCGGCACCGAGCCAAGCACAGUACCUGCAAGAAGGAGCCCAUCCCCUCCUGCUCUGAUGAGUGAAGGCUCUAGCAGCCAACCCUCAGGGAAGGUGAACACACUGCCGACCUCAUUGCUUGGAACCCUCCUCCAUGGACAAGCCCAUUCACGUGGUAAUGUCACCUAGCCCCACCGGUCAGCCUUUCCUCCCCACGGGUCACCGGCCAUGGGGUAAUCCAUUGGAUACAUGUGUUCGAUCUCUUGUGUAAAAAGUAACAGGAAGGCUGGUACCGCCUGUGUGGUUUCGUAUCAGUCUUUCUUCUGAAUCUCAGAGGUCAUAUUCAAUUGGAAAAAGAUAAGAAACAGUAGUGAGAACUGGUCAGGAGUUGAGUUCCUUGGUGGGGGGAUUUCAGUGGAUUGGGAAUUAUGUCCUGGGCACUGUGCAAGCCUCCAGGGAUCCAAUGAAGAAAAAGAUGGUCCUGUCCUGCCCUCAAAGCCAUAUGCAAAUACCAAGAAGGCAUCAGGGGCUGGUCCUCUUGGGGAGAAAGGUACUUUUCAGUUUUUACAUGAAUAAAGGAAUCCCCGGAAGUGGUUUCUGUGAGCAACUCUUCCAAAGCAGCAAAACCUCCCUGAGGUUAGCUCAGACCAAGCCAGAUAACACAUCAUUUCACUUUCCUACCAAAAUUACUUUACCCUUGGGAAAUGGGUCUUGGCUUUGAAGUAGAAAAGGCCUUUAUCUUUAAGAGAGGGGAAUUUGUGUCCUAUGUUUUGGAACCAGUUAUUC